UUCCUCUGUAAAUCCGAUUAUAUCGUCUCCGCCCGUUUAGGCAACUGCCUUUUUAGGACACACGUGCCCAGAACCUGAAAAACCGCGUCCUGAAGCGGAAAACGUAAUUUGCAACUUUUCACUAAGCAUUGAUCGAAAUCGCUGAAAUGGCUGCAAAAAGACAAAAGGUGGAUAAAUCUCGUUCUUCAGCCCCAAAGUAUCAAACAAGAGCCCAAAAGACAUCGCCAAAGGCUGUUGCGACUUCAAAAAACGAAGCUAACAGUGUCCCAACCAUGGUUGUUCAUCCUGCGAGUGUCAUCAGUGGUGUUAUCAAUAAUUCUAUUCACCACACAUCCUUCAAGUCCUCUGUUGCUGUCGAUUAUGUACUAUCUAUGGAGUGUUUAUACAAAAUGUUUGGGGUAAUAAAAUACCAAUCCAAUGCCCAUAGCAUUGCUGAAGAUGAUUUGGCUUUAUAUUUGGUUGACUCAGAAGAGGUUUUGGCGGGCUCAUCAAUCAAAUCUCUGCAAUACGUCAAUGAUAAAAUUGAUUCACUUAAACAAGAGAUAGAAGCUUUACAGAAUCAAAAUAGCAAACUAAAUAUCAAGAAUAAAAACCUUUUAUUUUCAUCGUCUAACUCAACUACAACAACUUCCUCGCCUGCUUCAGUUUUAAAUUUGAAAAAUUUAUCUAAAAAUGGUUCAGCAAUGGUGGAUGAUGAGGGUUCGGUUUCAAUUGAGCCAGGACCAUUCAAAAAACUAGAUUUAUUCCAUGAAAUCAAAUCUUUGUCUAGAGAAAAUUCUAUUGAUAAUAAUAAUAUAAAUAACGAAAACGAGUUCAAUCAAAUUUUUUUGCAUAAUAAUAAACUAGAUUCAUUAUAUGAAGCAGAAACUAAUUCAACUAUUAUUUUCAAUAAUUUUUACCCAGAAGUUAAUAACCAUCAAAGAGUCUUGAGACAUGGAAAAAUGCCUUCUUUACAAAAGAUAAAUCAAAGACUCAAUGUUGAUCCAUUAAAUCUGAAUUUGAACAGCAAUAAUAAUGAUAAUAAAAGUGAUAAAAAUAAUGAUAAAAAUAAUGAUAAAAAUAAUGAUAAUCGUAAUGAUACAAUAAAACAAAAAGAUGAACCAAAAGCGGAAGAAAAACCUGUCGAAAAAGUUGAGGAAGAAAAAGAAUCUCAAAAUGAAUUGGAAACCAGAGGAAAAUCUUCAGAUUUAGUUGAAGAAACAGAAAAAAAAACGGAAGAUAAAACAAAAGAAGUAGCAAAAGAAAAAACAAAAGAAGUAGCAAAAGAAAAAACAAAUGAGAAAGCAAAUGAGAAAGCAAAUGAAAACCUUAAGAAUGAUAAGGCAAAUAAAAAUGAAAAUGAAAAGGCUUCGUCUGAUAUCAAAAAAACUGAAGAUUCAGAAGAAUUAAAUCACAAAAAGAGUAAUUCUACUGAUGAAAAUGAUGAGAAAGAUAUUGAAAUGAAAUGAUUUUGGUUAAAAUUGUAAAAUAUGAAAUAGAAAUCACUAUAGUUUAGAGUUGUUUUUCUGUGGAAAUUAUGGAUAUUUUGAUUGAUAAAAAGAUUGAUUCAAAUGUACACAACAUUAAAGGGUUUUUUUGAUUAUUUUAGUUGAUAGUUCAAUUUUCGAUUUGAGGCUUGAAAAAACUCUGUUUUGUGAUUCAAAAAGAGUGCUUUGAUCUACUGGAAAUUGAAUGAGCCCAAAAAAUAAAAUCUACAUUUAAUGUCUUUUAAAACAUAUGAUAUAUUGAUAUAUAAAAAUCUCAAAUAAACUAUCAGUUGCGUUAUAAAAAAUCACUAUGAAACAAAAACAAAUAAACAGAAAAAUUUAAAACAAAAGAGAAAGACAACUUUAUAAAUAAAUAAAAUAGAAAUUAGUAAUAAUGAAUAAACACGAAUAAACAAUACAGAAAGCUA